AUGUCGAAAGAAAACCUCGUUGAGUUUGUUGCAUCUAUAAUUGAUGAGCCAUCAUCAGAAGCAAUAAGUACAGCUAAUACUAAUGGAGAUUAUAAUCAAUCAAUUCAUCCAUCUACCCCUUUACCAAAUAUUUCAUCUGGUGAAUUAGAAGUUAAUGAUAUUGUGGUAGUUGCUUCCUUGAACAGGUCAUAUCGAUUAGCUCGUGUAUUGCACCUUGAGUUAGAUAGAAUAAAGGUUGGAUAUUUUUCAGGACCCAAAUAUAGUAUCGAUAUGAAAAAGGCUGCAGAAUAUAUUAUAUGCGACGAAAUCAUUCUCGUAUUGGAUAAGAUGUCUUCACUCAGAUCAAAAUUGUAUAGCAUUAGUGAUACCGACUUGAAUUUAAUACUCAAACACAUUUCAAAACGUCGAUUACUUAAUGGUAAAUACUAA